AUGGCGGGCACAAGGAACUACGAUUUUUUGAUCAAACUGCUGUUGAUCGGAGACUCUGGUGUCGGAAAGUCAUGCUGCCUUUUGCGGUUCAGCGAAGAUUCAUUCACACCAUCUUUCAUCACUACUAUCGGGAUCGAUUUUAAAAUUCGUACAAUUGAGUUGGAUGGUAAACGGGUAAAGCUCCAGAUUUGGGAUACAGCUGGGCAGGAGCGCUUUAGGACCAUCACGACAGCAUAUUACAGGGGGGCAAUGGGCAUACUUCUUGUUUAUGAUGUCACAGACGAACGUUCAUUCCAUAAUAUUCGAACUUGGUUCUCAAAUGUUGAGCAACAUGCAAGUGAGGGUGUUCACAAAAUUCUCAUUGGAAACAAGUGUGACUGGGAAGAAAAACGGGCUGUAUCCACUGAACAAGGCCAGCAGCUUGCUGACGAACUCGGCAUACCUUUCCUUGAAGUUUCCGCCAAAAACAACGUCAACAUUGAAACAGCAUUCUACAACCUUGCUUCAGAUAUUAAGAAGGGCAUGGAUACGUCUAAAUCGGAUCAAGCUGGCUCUCAGGGCGUCAGCAUAGAGCAGCAAGGCUCUGGAUUGAAUGGCAACACAGGUGGAAAGUGUUGCUAG